AUGGACGUUGACGGACCAACUGCGAUGGAUGUGGACGUACCAACCGCAAUGGAAAUGGAGGACACGGAGGACCACGGGAUGACCAAUGGUGGUCCUGGAGGCGGGUUUAAUGAAUCGUCGUCUACGGCGGGGUCAUCGGGUGGAGUAGAGACUCCACCCCAGCCCCAGCAGUCGUAUCGUAUUCCUCGCCGUGGGUCCAUGUCGGCGGAUGAAGAGCGUGAGCGUCGUGCUAGUAUCAAAGCAAUUUUGGCUGACAAGUCGAUCAGUCCGCAGAGCCGUCGUCGUUCCAUUCAGCAUUUAAUGGAUGGACGUCGCAACAGUUUGGGAACUUCUACGCAUGGCGGCAGUGUUACUUCCGGGGGCUCUAGCGUGGCCUCGGAUGCUUCUAGCCAUGAUGACACUGCCUCUUAUCAUUCAGGAACCAGUGGACCUCCCUUAACAAUCCAUACCACGCCUCAUGGGUAUGAAGGAGACGAUUGUUUCGAAGCAAGCGAGCAAAUUCGUCGCAUGGAGCAGUCGCGUCCUCCCUGCACCCACUACGAACGCAACUGCACUAUGAUUGCGCCAUGUUGCGGUGCUGCCUUUGGCUGUCGCAUCUGUCACGAUGACUGCCCCAUUUUGCCUCCCAAGAUUGAGCUGAGGCACCGCAUGCACCGUUCGGCCUCGCUUCCCAGUAGUUUCACCACCAUGGAACAGCAGGUUCCCCAGGAUAGCCAUCACAAUAUUGACCGCUUUGCUGUCAAAGAGAUUAUUUGUCGCGAGUGCUUUACUCGACAAUCCAGUAAAACCAACAAUUGUAUCAAGUGUGGAAUCCAGUUUGGAGAGUACCACUGCAAUAUCUGCAAUCUCUGGAUGACCAACGACGAACGGCCCUAUCACUGUGCCGAUUGUGGAUUUUGUCGGGUAGGGGGGGCCGAGAAUUUCCAGCACUGUCACGAUUGUGGCAUGUGCAUCGAUCGAAGUCUCUACACGAACCACAAUUGCAAAAGUGGAAAAUACAAAUCCAAUUGUCCCGUUUGCCAGGAAUUCCUCUUCAGUUCCAGAAGUGCCUCCCAUGAAAUGCCAUGUGGGCACGCCAUCCAUUGGGAAUGCUUCAGGCAACUGGCGGCUCAUGACUCUCGUUGCCCUGUUUGCAAAAAGACAGCCGAGACUCGUGAACGCAUGAUGCCCACGUGGAAUGCCAUGGCUGCGGGAGUUGCUCUCCAGCCCGUUCCGCCGGAAUUGUGCCGGGUGGUCAACAUCACUUGCAACGAUUGCGAGCAACAGGAUGAUGCCAGGGCUUGGCAUUUUUUGGGAGUCCAGUGUCGCAACUGUUCGUCGUUCAACACUGUUGUCGACAGGAUUAUCAUGUCGGGGGAAGAAGCCCACGAUUUCCUCGAGACGAUGACUGCGAGGCGAACAGUACUCGAGGGCCAGCAAAGAGCCCAGGAUGGCGGACCAGAUGCCGAUUCUGGUGAUGGAGAAAGAGCGCCUAGACCGGAACAACGCAGGCGCCCAAAUCGCAGACGCUCCCUGUUGUAG